AUGACGGUCCGCGUGCAGUGGUUGAAUGAUGUGCCCACUUGUGAAGGAUGGAUUGAGAAGUUUUCGAUUGGGCGUGGUUUCUUCUCCACGAAGAGUUGGCAGAGACGUUAUGUCAUGGUGGAUUGUAAGGGCAUAGGGUACAUGCAUAGCCCUCCCAAGCGGCCCAUGAAGCCUUCCUCUGCUCGAUGCUUUGUCCCAUUUGAGGGGCCGCGUAAGAGGAACGGCGAGAUGUGUCUUCGACCAGUGUACCUUCUGCGGCACGUAACACCGUUCAUGCAUCCAGAGGUUCCUGACAAGUCUCAAGGGACGUUUGCAAGCAUCUCAAGUGGUAGUGAUGUUUCAUGUGAGUAUCACUACUUUGCAAUUUCAUUUCAGGAGCGAGACAAACGGUUUUUUAUGCUUCUUCGCACCACAACGUUAGAGGAUUACAAUGUGUGGACGUUGGUACUCUCAGGCUAUGUGCCAGCAGGAAGUAUAAACACAGUUGUUCCUGUACCGCACCCACUAGUGACAAGUAGCGGUGGCUUGCGCUGUUUCCUCCAUCCAAGGCUAGCAUUAUUCUUUAGCAGAGACGAACAUGCAACGAAUAGUUCAUGUGGAGGUUUUUAUGUGCAGGAUCCUGAUCCAUGCACGGAGGUUGAACUUGACAGGAUACACAAGCUUGUGCUUGACUGGGACGAGGGAGAAAAAUCUCGCUGGCUUACUCUUCUCAAUGAAGGGUCUUCUAUGUCCACUCAAGCGUCUCUUCUUCAGGGAGAGAAUGAGGAAGAGUGGGUCAAACUCUUGGGCGUCGCGGCAGAAUUGGAUGCCGCGUGCGAAGAACCAGAAAGCUCCGGUGGUCUCACAGAGUAA